UGGGGUAAAUGCGAGGGAAGCUCAAACAGGAGACACGAUAACAUGCAUUUGGAUUCCAAGCCGUCCGGCCAUUCGUCCACAUCGUUCAUCACACGCCAUUUCACCGCCUGUUGUGGAUUCUCGAAAAAUCUUCCAAGCCGUCCGGCCAUUCGUCCACAUCGUUCAUCACACGCCAUUUCACCGCCUGUUGUGGAUUCUCGAAAAAUCUAAUUCUAAAUCACAUCUAAAUCUAGAAUCUUUCCACAUUAAUACACACAUUGUGCAUUCAUCGCCUUCACUUGAGUUUUGUUGGCAUUGUAUUCCAAGAUAGGAAGUGGAGGACCUGCUCUGCUUAAUUCUCGACAGCUGCCAAAUCUGACUUCUUGGUUGUACGAAUUUGUAGUCAAUUUAGCCCUGUUUUAGCUAGUUUUGGCGAAAAUUUUAACAACUUCUUUUGGCGAGCUUUAGGCCUGUUUUGCUAGUUUUUAGCAAGGUUUUAGGCCUAUUCUUGCUUGCUCUCUGUUGGGUCUGGUUUGGAGCAGCAGAGGACUUAUGGGUUGAAUCGGAGUUUCGGAUCUUUUUCAGGAUUUUGAGUUGAAUUGUUGCUGUGGAAGAGAGAAGUAAUGCGAGGAAGGUCUGCAAUUGCAAUGGGUGAGACGACAGUGAGAUAUAAACGCAUUCCGUCCAGGGAACCCACAGAUCGCCAUGAUCAGGAAGUUGUUACUCCAGCAUAUUCACAGAUGCAGAUGGAGAUGGAUCAGGAACCUACCAAUUCCAAACCUUCAUGGAAGUUUUCAUUGCCACAUGUAUGCGUGUCCAUCAUGGCUUCUUUUCUGUUUGGAUACCAUCUUGCGGUGGUAAAUGCACCCCUUGAUUACAUUGCCUCUGAUCUUGGUUUCUCAGGGAAUCCUUUGGCAGAAGGUCUCCUUGUGAGUAUGUGUCUUGUGGGAGCAUUUUUCGGGUGUGCCAUAAGUGGUUGGAUUGCAGAUGGGCUUGGCCGUCGUCGUGCCUUCCAAGUUAGCGCAUUGCCAAUGAUUGUUGGUGCAUUAUUCAGUGCGAUGUCUUCAAACUCAAAUGCUAUGUUUUUUGGGAGAUUAAUAGUUGGAGUUGGAGUUGGCAUUGCUGGGCCUGUUACAUCAUUAUAUAUAACUGAGGUCUCACCAGCACAUGUGAGGGGAACAUAUGGAAGCCUUUCUCAAAUUGCGACUUGUCUAGGUAUUCUAGGAGCUUUGUUUAUUGGCAUCCCUGCAAAAAGCAUUCCAGGAUGGUGGCGAGUGUGCUUCUGGUUAUCUGCUAUUCCAGCAGCUUUAUUAGCUUUGGGAAUGGAACUUUGUGCUGAAAGCCCACAAUGGCUAGUCAAGCAAUCAAGAUGGGCUGAAGCUGAAUAUGAAUAUGAGAGGCUUUGGGGAGAAGCAAAUGUCAAAUAUGCUAUGGCAGAAGUAACCCGUUUGGAUAAGGGAGAAGAAACUGAAGAUGUUAGCUUUAUAGAUCUUCUAAAUAACCGGCACCGGAAAGUUGUCUCAACUGGAGCAGCAAUAUUUGUAUUUCAGCAACUAUCUGGAAUAAAUGCUGUAUUUUACUUCUCUUCUACAAUCUUCAAGACUGCAGGAAUACAUCCCGAUCUUGCAAAUGUUUGUGUGGGAAUAGCAAACUUAUCAGCAUCCAUAAUAGCGUCAUUUUUGAUGGAUAAGCUGGGGAGGAAAAUACUUUUACUGUGGAGCUUUUUUGGCAUGGGUGUAGCAAUGGCAGUUCAAGCAACUGCAGCAAGCCUGACUAUAUCGCCAUUUGGAAAGGCCUUUCUUUCCAUUGGAGGAACGUUGUUGUUUGUGUUCAUGUUUGCUCUUGGAGCUGGACCAGUACCUGCGCUUCUGCUUCCUGAGAUCUUCAAUAGCAGAAUCCGUGCAAAAGCUUUGGCUGUCUGCAUGUGUGUACAUUGGGUUGUAAAUUGUUUUGUAGGUUUAUUGUUCUUGGAGUUGUUAAAACAGCUUGGAGCCCAAGUUUUAUAUUCCUUUUUUGCAUUUAUAUGCAUGCUUACAGUUGUAUUCGUAAAUAGGAAUGUCAUGGAAACAAAGGGCAAGUCUUUGGAGGAAAUUGAAAUUGCGCUUCUGUCUGGGCACUGAUCAUUCUUGUCUAUCAAAAGUAGGUUUCACGGUAGAAUGGUAAUUGCUAGAAUUUGGGAGGAUAGCUUAAAUAUUCAAUGGAUAUGCUACUGUUUGUUCUUUAGAGGUUAAAUUCAGUUAUAAACGUGGGUGGGCAGAAGGAAAGGAGAUUCUAUCAAUUAAGGGUUAGUAAGUACUCACCUUACAAUGGGCUGAUAUCAGAGAAAGUUACCAGAGUUGUAUAUAUAUAGUGGCGGCACAGUAGCAUAAAGAUAUAUGGCAACGUAGGUUUCUUAUCUGUGCUAAGGAUUCUUUAAGUGUUGUAGCGUAUAAAAUGUAGCAGGGAUUUCCGCAUAUCUACAUCUAAAGAUGUUUCAACGCUUACUCCGGGAAAAGAUUUGAUUCUCAUUAUCAAUCUAGGAGGUGUCCUUGUCUUUUUCAAAAAGAAAAUUGCUGAUUAUUGAUGUUACAUUCUUUAAAACGUAUUGAAUAAAAGGAGAUUUUAAAUGACGAUUACAGAAA